GCGAUACUUAUAAAGCCGAGUGCCAUAGAGAAAAUAGAGAAAAACGAAGUAGGAUCCAGCAUUGGCGUCAAAACUACAGAUGACCUCUUGAUAUCACGUUACAUUUUACUACACAUUUAUGAAGAAUUUAAUAUUGUAGUCGCUUUCGAAGGCCCUUGGAAUGGCGCUGGCGCUCAUACUAAUUUCUCCAUUAAAGCCAUGCCAGAUGGCGAUAUGAAACCAAUAGAAAGAUCUAUACGAAAAUUAAGUAAACAUCGUGACCACCAUAAAAAGAGCUUAUGAUCCCAAUAGUAAAGAAAACACAGAUACAGUAAUCUUGCGCAGCAGCACAUAAGCCCCUUCAAACCUCUCCAAUUCAAUAGACUCUUUUAACAAGUGCCACACAAGAACAUUUCUGUGGGUAUACGGCCUUAAUCUGUAUAAAUCGUUAAUUGCUUCCCUGAAGUCCAACUCUGACGAAAAAUGUAGAAUUCUUUCGACAAUCUGGCUUUAUGAUAGUACACAUUUUAAAAAUGGAGCUAUUUUUCAUUCAAUUCCCUCCCAAGUGUACGAAUAGCCUGCUAAAAACCUGUUGAUUAAGCUACUAAAUGGUGGUAAUAACAGUUGCGAUACGAUAAUAUCUUUUCUAAUGACACUUUAUAUAAAUACGUUGAUUUUGGCUUAGCUAGAUCAACAAACUUUGCCUUUAAUGACUAUUGUGUGUAUCUUUCGAUUAUCUUCAAAGUUGUUAAAAAAACUAAAGCUACCAGCAAUGCGACAAAAUUCAAAUUAUUGAUCAAAGGAAAUAUUCUAAUGAGUGAAAAUAAAAUUAAUUUUAUUAGGAGAAGAAGUUUAAAACCGAAAUUAAAUUUCAUAGAAUAUUUGUUUUUUUAGGGGAUCGACUUAAGAAGUAGCAAAUAUACACGAUUACAAAUCUUAGUUUUUGCUAAAAGCCCAUAGGUAGGCAUGUUUUCAGUUUUAAUAGAAACAAAAAAAAAAAUAAAUAAAUAAA